GGCUUCACUUUGUACGUCAUCGUGACGAUUUAUCGAUAAUUCUAGAAUAGAAAUUUCUCUUUUUUUGUUGGUUCUCGACGAAGUACAAAGCAUUUAGUGAUUCGAGGUCGUUGUAGAAUUUUCCAGAGAGUUUGGAUUAUAAACAUAAUCAAUUUGGUGCGUUAUCCUUUAAAGUAAAGUUGUUAGUCGAGUUAUUUAACGGCAGCAGUUAACUUAUAAAGCUACUUUUUAUCGGAUUACAUAAAGUAUAGAAAUCGAGCAUGGUUAAGGAAACGAAAUUUUACGAUAUUCUUGGUGUUAAACCAGGAUGUUCCCAAAACGAUUUAAAAAAGGCGUAUAGGAAAUUAGCUCUACAAUAUCAUCCCGAUAAGAAUCCUAAUGAAGGGGAAAAGUUUAAACAAAUCUCACAGGCUUACGAAGUCCUUUCGGAUCCGGAAAAAAAGAAAAUCUACGAUCAAGGAGGUGAACAGGCACUUAAAGAAGGAGGAGGCGGCGGAGGAUUCUCAAGUCCAAUGGAUCUAUUCGACAUGUUCUUCAAUGGUAGAUUCGCUGGAAGUGGUAGAGGUAGAAAAGAACGAAGAGGUAAAGAUGUAAUUCAUCAAUUAACAGUGACUUUAGAAGAACUUUACAAAGGAGCAGUUAGGAAAUUGGCUUUACAAAAAAAUGUUAUUUGUGAUAAAUGUGAAGGUCGUGGUGGAAAGAAAGGGGCAGUUGAACAGUGUCCUACGUGUAGAGGUACUGGAAUGCAAGUACAAGUUCAACAUUUAGGAGUAGGAAUGCUUCAACAAAUUCAGACAAUUUGCCCUGAUUGUCGAGGACAAGGUGAACGCAUUAAUCCUAAAGACCGUUGUAAACAAUGUAAUGGUAAAAAAGUUGUACGUGAACGUAAAGUAUUAGAAGUACACAUUGAUAAGGGUAUGACCGAUGGUCAAAAAAUUAUAUUCAAUGGGGAAGGUGAUCAAGAACCCGAAUUAGAACCUGGCGAUAUCAUAAUUAUCCUCGAUGAAAAAGAACAUCCAGUAUUUAGAAGACACAACGGCAAUGAUUUGUUUAUGAGAAUGGAUAUACAACUGGUGGAGGCAUUAUGCGGUUUCCAGAAGACUAUUCGAACUUUGGACUCCAGGGAACUCGUUAUUACCGCACUUCCAGGAGAGGUUAUCAAACAUGGAGAUUAUAAGUGUGUUUUGAAUGAAGGUAUGCCUCAGUAUAAGAAUCCCUUCGAGAAAGGCCGUCUUAUCAUUCAGUUUAUGGUACAAUUCCCUAAAACCAUUCCUCCGGAAAUUAUACCAGCUUUGGAGAACGUUUUGCCUCCAAGAGAAGAAAUCAUGAUAUCCGACAACGCGGAGGAAGUGAUGCUCGUUGAUUUCGAUCCGGAAACGGAAGCGAGAAGAAGAUCGUCUAAGAACGCGUGCGACGAAGACGACGAAAUGCACGGACAAGGACAACGGGUACAAUGUGCCGCUAAUUAAUUUAUUAUCCAGUAGAAAAAUUUUCACUUUGACGGUAUAUUAACGCGAAGAGGGAUACGAAAAUUGAUUGGAUGUGCAAAAAGUACGAAAAAAUGUGAUUUUUUUUACGUUUUUGUUUAUUUUUUCAUGUAACAUUCAUGUUUCAAAUGAGGUUGUUUCUUAUAGUGUUUUGUCGUCCCUCUUUGUGCGCUUGUAUAGCUGAAAAUGUGUAUAACUGGCUAUUAUUAAUAUUGUCAUUUGAAAUUAGAUAAUUUAUUCACGUGUACUUGCAUAUUAUCGAAAAUUAGGUAACUUUAUUUUACAUUGUAUUCAAUAUUGUGAAAUAUCAGUAAAUCAACACAUAAUCUCAAUUAUUAAUCGUUUUUUAUGUAUACUCCAUAUUUCCUCCUCUAAUCCUUAGUUUCUUUCCCGGGCAGAUAGAUAUUCAGGGAAAAUGAUCCACCCUGUAUGAUUUGAGAAGGAUCUAAUAUCAAAUUGAAUUUACCUUAGUAUUCCGAUAAAUUCAAACUAUUGACAACGUUGUAAUUGUUCAUAAAACGAACGCGCCUUGAUUACAAAAAUAAAUACUUGUCUUUCUCUCUCUAGUUUGCAGUUUAUAUAAUGUUCUCUUUUUCUCAUACAUAUAAAUGUACACUGUACUCUACUGAAUAUACCAGCUAUCAUUCAAUAAGUAUAACAGCGGUGUUGUCAUCAUUAAUUUUAUAAUGUUAGAAGAAAAACAGCCUGGAAAUAAUAUUAAUUGUUAAUAAUCAGUGAUUAGUCACGUUCUUUUUGUAAUAAUAAUUUUUAAACAAUUAUAAAAACUUACGAUCACAUUUAUUCUAAUACAACAGCGGUGUUGCCGAAGUUAAAAGAUUUCCUUCGACAUGGAAGAAAUUGAAAUUUUACUAGCAGAUUGAAGUUUGUGAUCCCAAAUUUGAGUUAAUGUUCGAUGUUUCCAGAAUAUAAAAAUUUCAAACUCAUUUUUUGAGGCAAAAGAAAUGAAAAACUUGAAAAUAAAAUCAAUUUUCAUGAUGCACUCUCUACAUAAUUUUAUUAUUGUAGUAUAUUUUAUUACCUUAGUAUUCCGAUGAAUUCAAACUAUUGAUAACGUGAUUAUUCUUAAAAAGAACGCACCUUGUUUACAAAAAAUCAUUACUUGUCUUUAUCUAGUUUACAAUUUAGAUAAUGUUCUCUCUCACUUUAUAAAUCUACGUUAUAUCUUACUAUCAUUUGAUAAGUUUAACAGCAGUGUUGCCACAAUUAAUUUAAUAAUCAAUUUUUUAAUAGUGAGAGAUUGAAGGUUUUUAUCCAGAUAUGUAAAUAAUAAAUAAUGAUUAGUCACCUUCUUUCUGUACUACUCAAUUUUAACACAAUAAAUAUACUAACUAUCAUCGUAACGCAACGGCAGUGUUGCCAAUGUUGAUUUCCAUUCAGAAAAUGGUUGUCCUCCAUCUUAUGAGAUAGAGUUCGGCACCACGUCUCUCCAGUACCGAUCAGGUAAUUUCAAAAGGGGUAAUGUCAAAUGCCCCUUCAAUGUCAAAUAAUGCGUAAUGCGUAUAUUUGUCAGUCUGGUAGACAUGUAAUAUUUGUUCGUCCAACAUGUUUUCUUUUAAAUACCAAUCCGGCAACAUCUCAUUUGUUUUCAGUAGGAACGGGAUCCUCAUCUUUGCUUCCCCACAGGUUAAGGUAUGAGUGUCACAAACUAUGAGAAGGGGGAGUUCCAUUUUUUCGUAGUACCUUACAACUGCACCCAGUGGAGAUCCGGUAUGUUGAGCAGAUUAUCAGGUCUUGAACACUGCUAGGUCCCUAGUACAGGAUAUGGAAGUGCGAAGCGCGACACGUUCUUAGUUAGACCCAGGCCUUUGAUCGCGCCUCUAAAAAAUCAGGGUUCCUGUAUAAGAGCUACGGUUAUGUAAAGUUUACUGAACAGCAGUUGAAGCGUUUCCGUACUAUAGAUUAAAAAAUUUUGUUUGAAAUUCUAGCAAAAAAGUGAUACUGUAAGAUGCCGGCUCCUGGGAUCACAUUCUGCAGAAGGCUGAGCGCAUGUUAGUCCUCGCUGGAGGUAAUCGUCUCCGGCUUCCGCCCUUUGGCAGAGGCUAUUUGGCUAGCAGUAGCAUCCUCUGAAGAUGUGAAGGUUUCUCCGCUGGUGAGGACGACCAUGGAGCUAGCCUCGUCUUUCCGCCUCAUUAGAAACUUGGAGACCCACCACUAGUAGAGUAGCUUUUUGUCUCUUCAUUGAGAGUAGAGGAAGCCAAGGUUUUGACUUUCUCGGACAUCAAGUGUAUCCUGGUCGGAUUAGUGUCUUCUUUUUCUCAAUUUUUCGUAGACGUAGAAUUGAGAUGUCAUCUACUGCUAGUGUGUCUCUUCCAGGGUGAUAAGUUUGGGAACUCCCUGAGCAGCCACUUCAAACUAUCUCUGUUUUCCGCCAUAAUAAGGAUGUGAUUCCUAACCAACAGAAGAGGGAGGAGUUUGGGUGACCUGGUUCGAUGAAAUCGAGAAUCUGCUCUUCCGUGAGGCCAACUCGCUGAGCGUCGAACCAACGGUUCUUGCCUAGGCAGAUUUUACUUGAACCUCCAGGUUGGAAGGAGUUUUGGAGGUAAAUGCAACUAUUGGACGCGUGGCCUUUAAAUUUUAAGACAUCUUGGCAAACCUUGGUUUUCUUCUCCGCACCACCGUUGCGGCGUUUUAGCGGGCCUUGUCAAAAUCACAGUUUUAAGCUUAGACAUUUAACCUAUGCCUUGGAGGUAAUGAGUGCUGUGAUUCCUGUUUGGUCAGUGCCUUCGGAGGAAAGAGAACGAUUGUUGCGAUCCCUGUUCUUGCAGUGCUAUUGCUACCUAAGGAAUAAAGGUUAACCGAACAGAGCCCCGCAAUGUCGGCGGGUUUCCCACAGGCAUCGUUCGCGACACCUGAUUUGGGUUCAGACGCUAUUGAUACCCCGGCACGAUGGCUUACAUCUUGGAUUGAGCCGUUCUAUGCCCACGUAGGUAGUCCUGACGAGGGCGGAUAAAUAUGGACGUUGAGUCCCCUCACCAACGUUAAGGUCCAACGGUUCCUUGAAAGAAUAAGUUACAUGAUAAAAGUAGAAUAACCGAACUAAAUGAUCACUGAAUUGAAAGUAAUUCAAUGUAACUGAUUAACUUUUAUCUAUUUCUCAAUACCGUGUUCUAUGAUAUAUAAUUGUCUAUGUUUUAUAAAUGUAUCUUAUAAAUAAAGAGGUUAUGUUUUUUGAUUCAUUAUUUUUAUUUCUAAAAGGGAAAAUUCGUCUCAUAUUAAGAUUAAAUUAUGGUACCAACUAUGUACUUAGGAGCAAUGAGUAAUCACGUACAUUGUGAAAAUUAUCAGUUUAAAAUCGAUGAAAAACUUCUGAUGUUCAAAAGAAACGAAGUUCUUGAUAAUAUUACCUGGUUGGACGUUAAAAACGCGUCAGGGACUAUAACGCCUGAUACAUUCAGCAACGUUCCAAAUUUAAAGAUUCUCAACUUUAAAAAUUGUAAUUUGGAUUUUCUGCAGAGAUCCUUUGAAUUUUUAGAAAAAUUAACAUCAGUAACAAUAGAAAACAGUAAUAUCAUAAUAAAGAAAGAAAUUUUUGAAGGCAAUGAAACAAUUUCUAGUUUACAGUUUAUAGAAAUGAAAUUUUCUGGGGAUGAAUGUUUCACACAUCUGAAAAAAUUGAACUAUUUGCUAUUUGACGAUUGUGUUUUUGAAAAUAGUAAAGGGAGUAUUUUUAAUGGCCUAGAAAAUUUAGAAUAUUUUAUAUUAAAAAAUAGUAAAUUAACAGGGUUAUCAGAUAUUUUUAAAGAUAUGCAAAAAACAACAUUAUUAUCAAUUUUGAACAAUAAAAUAGGGGAAUUUGAUUAUAGGAGCAUACCAAAAUUAACAAAAUUGCGAAAUCUUAGUAUUUUUAAUAACGAAAUAUCCACAGAUAUCGAUUACAAACUUUUCGAGAGCACUCUACUUGAAAACAUCAUGUUCGAUACUAACGUAUUUUUGAAAUAUAUCGAUUUCCGUGCUUUUCCCGCAUUAAAAUGCGUAGAAAUAGGGACAUUAACUGAUAUAAUUACUGAAGAAGAACAAGAACUCAUUGAUAAACUAAAAUCUAUGAACAUACAAUAUCAAUACACAUUUUGUGGGAAAGUUGUUGUUGAUAUGUCUAAAGUUCAAAUUUGUGGUUAAAACACUAUAUAUUCACAAUGCUACGUUGCCAAACCGUCAGUAAAGUAUGAGAUUAUAGGAAAUAUUAGUACCACAUAAUUACACAUUUUUUAAAUAAGUUAAUAAAUUUUUUUUCAAAUUAUAUUAAAAAUUUAAGGAAAAUAUAUUUCUUAUCAAACAUAUUACUCCUUUUUAUUUAUUCAGCAUUAGCUUUAAUAACACGUCGCGAUUGACAUCAUAGUCUGUGUUUCCUUUUUAACUCUAAAUUUUUGUACUUUAAUAGAUGUAUCAACAAUAUUUUGUAAUAUUUUUUUUUUGUAUAAAAAAUUGUUAUUGUCCUAAUUUAAACAUAACCUAAUUGAUAUUUUAACAAAUAAUUACAUUUUUAAUAAAUUAUUUUUCAAAACUA